AUGUCGAGCAAGAGCACCAUGGCCAAGCACGUAGUCUUCGACAUUGUCGGCACAUUGGUAUGCUUCGAUGCAUUCUACAACCGCAUCAACGAGGUCAUUGGAGAGAAGCUACGCAGUCAUGGCAUUCCGGCGCAGCUCUUUGGCUUUGCCUGGAUGACACAGGCGGAGCUCGAGUUCACCUUCCUCAGCAUCUCCUCGCGACACACCUCGUAUAAGGACGUCAUGAAGGCCAUGUUCUAUAGGACUUUGUGGAUGUCUGGCAUUCAAGAACCCCGACAAUUCGCAACAGACGAAGAACGAGACAGGUGCCAAGCAGGAUACUCGCUGCUUGGGCCAAGAGAGGGUGCAAAAGAAUGCAUUGAGACCUUGAGGAGUAAUGGAUUCAGCGUUUGGUGUCUGACAACAGCAGACAUUGCUCGGGUGCAAGGCUACUUCAAGCGUAGCGGCGUUGAGAUGCCAGCCGAGAACUUCGUUAGCUGUGAUUCGCAAGGCGUAGCAAAGCCAGCACUUGCAGCGUACAGACCUGUCUUUGAGAAGUUCGGCAAGGACGAUCAGAAAUGGUUCUUUGCUGCUCACAUGUGGGAUGUUUCAGCUGCGCGGCAAGUUGGCUUCAAAGGUGCAUACACUUCGGCAUAUGAGAAAGAAGACUGUCUGGACAUUUUCGGGGGAGACAUGGAAGUCAUGGCUCCCACGCUCGUCGAGACGGCGCAGAAGUUGGUCGAGGCAGCUGCAGCCGCUUGA